AGGGAUCGAAACUGAAGUGAUUGUUAUCAAACACCCAUCUUGCGCUAGCGCAUCCCGUUAAAGUUGUUAACAGCGUAAGAACUUAUAAGAAAGAUGCGUUGAAAACAUUCAGUGCAAAGACAAGCGAGCGGCGCGCCACACGUGAAAGGAUUGGCGCGUUUGAAAUUUAAAGACGCGCGGGAAAAAUGUUAGAAACUUAUUUAUAUGAUUUUGUGUAAAGAAAUUAAUGAAAACAUAUUUAGUGUUGUUUUUAUAUAUAGUACAUGUGGAUUAUUUUAAAGUAAUACUUUGAUAUUGGGUGCGCCGAUAUGUGGCGGCCAAUACUAAUUACAACCCUAGUGAUAUCGAGUAUCUAUGCUCGUUCCAAUCAGGUCAGGGACGUAGCCACGUCUUGCGACAAGAGCUCUAUUAGUAUUCACCUCGAUAUGGAAAAGCCUUUUAAAGGUCUUGUAUUCAGUAAGGAUUUCUCCAGGGAAUGUCGAGUACAAGGACAAAUGCAUACUAAUGUUUCUCUUCACUUGCCAUCAAAUGCAUGUGGUGUAAGAACAACUACCCUGAAUACAACAGUCGAGGAGCCAAAUGACAACGAAAACUUGUACUACACUGUAGAGCUGAUUGUUCAAAUGGACAGGCAACUACAGCAGUCUUCUGAUCAGGAAAUAAUAGUCAGGUGUAAAUUGCAACCGCGUGCGGUUCGAAUAAGCAGUUCCGCGCUGGAGGGCGUCAUUAAGUCCAGGUUGCGAGAAGUGACUGGACAAGAAGGAAAACGUGUAAGAACAGGAAGAAACCGUCAAGGCUGGGAGCACGCGGCUGAGCUGCAGCAGCGCCAGGCCGCGCUGGAGGCGGCGCGCGCGUGGAUGGAGCUCGCGCCCGCCGCGCCCGCGCGCGAGCCCGCCCGCGUCGACGUGGGGCAGCCCACCCGCCUGCUCAUACAGUGCACCCUGCCAGUCGGAGUCGGCCUUCGGGUAACCAACUGCGUAGCGCACGAUGGCUUAGGUGAAGCGUCACAGAAACUCUUAGAUGAAGCCGGCUGUCCCAUAGACGAAGCUAUAUUCAACAAACCCACUCUACACCGACACAAACGAAGGGGCGAGAUCGAUUUCUCAGACUUGGAACCGGUUAACGAAUUAAAUUUACAAAUUGAUAAAUCUUAUCCUGACGACGUCAUUAGAAAUAUGAUGACGUAUCAACACGCCGUGACCACAUUUGCUGCCUUUAAGUUUCCAGAUAGAGCAAAGUUGCACCUCUCUUGUGGUAUAGAAUUGUGUAAGGGCGUCUGUCCCCACGUUGAUUGCAAGUCUCUGCAGAAACCGCACCACACAAAAGAUGGUUUAGUUCGAAAGGCUCGAUUAGACAAAGAAGCAAGAGGACUCGUGAUAGAUAGACUGGAAGUGUAUAACAGUAUUGAAGUUCUCGCGCCGAAUAUUGAGUUAGAGGAUGAAGCUUCCAUAAGAGGUUCCAGAAGAGUUGAAGGCGAAGAAGAAUUCGUUCGGGGCUUCUCUCCAGGCGACAAAACAAUUUGCCUUUCCCCGGGCAAAAUGGCCCUUGCGUUUUGUAUUCUAGGGGUCAUAUUCCUUUGCGCUAUUGCGAUCGCGUUUGCAUCGUUAGUGCGAGCGAGACGGAGAGUUAUACGAGAACCAAUACACACAUCUCUUUCAUUCUACACUGGUAGCAAGAGUAUUUUCUCUUCCAGUGGCAGCAGUAGUUCAGGAUUAAGUGGAAGCAAACUUCUUCUAACUGAUAGCCCGUACUUAGAUCAUCAUUCAUCGUCUAGCAACAACUGGCCAUAUAACAGGGCGUAUUAAGCACUAUUUGCACUGGGUUAUUCAUUUAUUAGUAUGGUACAAUAUAUUUUAAAUAUUUGUUUGGAAAAUACUAUUAUUUUCGAGUAAACUAGGUCCUAUUUAUAUUAUAAAAUCAAUCUACGUAAUUAUCCACUAUGCUCUCUAAUAUCUACACUCGUACCAAAUUUUUUAUUGGUCACAAACACUAUAGGUAAGACGAUAAGAGACUAUCAUUUGUUAGUAUUAUUUAAUAUUCAAUAUUUCUCACGUUAUAUUUAAAAAAUUAUUAUUAUUAAUUAAUUUUCCUAUAAAACGAACA